AUGAAUGGGGGAACUUCAUUGGACCUUUCCGAUGAAUCCGACCGAGGUAGCGAAUCCAAUGAGAAUGAUAGGCACUCACCCACUGUCGAGCCAUUGGCAGCUUUGCCCGAGCCGGAAGAUGUCAACGACAUGGAAGUGGAUCAUGUAGGUUCAAGUAAUGCAGUUGUGCUACACGACGACAAGAAAUACUAUCCUCUUGCUUCGGAACUGUAUGGCCCCGAUGUCGAAACCAUGGUUGAGGAAGAAGAUGCGCAGCCCCUUACCGAGCCAAUCAUCAACCCCAUCAAAGUUCGGAAAUUUACCAUUGUUGAAAAGGGCGAAGCCGUACCCGAAACGACGUUCUCGAAGCAAUUCAUGGCUGAUCUCAUGAGCCAUCCUGAAUCUGUCCGCAACGUUGCUGUCGUAGGCCAUCUGCACCACGGCAAAACAGCCCUACUGGAUAUGCUCGUCCAUGAAACACAUGAUUUUGAAUGGGAUACAAGUAAACCUUUGCUCUACACAGAUACUCACAUUCUUGAACAACAGCGUGGAAUCUCACUCAAGUCCUCGCCGAUGUCAUUUGUCCUUCAAAACUCCAAACAAAAAUCAUUUUUGGUCAAUAUGAUCGAUACUCCCGGACACGUGAAUUUUUUGGAUGAAGUUACAAACUCUUUACGUCUGGUAGAUGGGGCAAUUCUUGUAGUUGAUGCCGUUGAAGGUGUCCUUGUAAGCACCGACAAGAUAAUCAGACAUCUAGUGCAGGAAGGAAUUCCAAUCGUUCUCGUUGUGAACAAGGUUGAUCGGCUGAUUUUGGAACUUCGGCUCCCUCCUGCUGAUGCUUAUUACAAAUUGAAACACACAAUUGAAGAAGUCAAUACUGUCAUCUCAAGCUGCAACCCAGACCCUAUUCAUCGAGUCUCGCCUGAGCUAGGCAACGUUGGAUUUGCAUCCACGGAGAUGGGAUGGUGUUUCAACCUUACCAGCUUUGCAAAGAUGUAUCGUGAUACAUUCUGCACUAGCAAGAAGGAUUUGUUUGAUAUUACCGCCUUUGCAAAACGUCUAUGGGGCAACGUCUGGUAUCUUCCUGAGCAGCGGAAAUUCGUCAAGCGUAAUGUGGGUGGGGAGUGCAAGCGGACAUUUGACCAUUUCAUCUUGGAGCCACUUUACAAACUUUACGGACAAGUUUUAGGCUCAGAACAAGGCCCUCUGAAGGAGACACUGGCGGAUCUCGGAAUUUAUCUCAAGCCCUCUGCGUACAAACUCGACGUCCGACCGCUUCUAAGAAUCGUACUUUCGCAGUUUUUCGGCCCUUCCACUGGCUUGGUUGACAUGAUUGCAUCACAUGUUCCAAAUCCCCAAGAGUCGGCCGCUGCCAAGUUAAAGUCGAAUUACACUGGACCUCUCGACUCACCCCUUGCACAACACAUCGCAAAGGCUGACCCUGCUGGGCCCUUGGUAAUCCAAAUAACGAAGCUUUAUCCAACUCACGAUGCCAAUGAAUUUAGGUCAUUUGGUAGGGUUCUUAGUGGGGUCGCUCGUGCCGGUGUCAAGGUCAAAGUUUUAGGUGAAGGCUACUCUGUAGAUGACGAGGAGGACAUGGUGGAGGCUCUCAUUGAAAGAGUUUUUAUCUUUGAAUCUAGAUAUUCUGUGGAGACAAGUGGUGUGCCUGCGGGGAAUCUUUGCCUGAUCUCUGGCAUUGAUAAUUCGAUUACAAAAACGGCCACCGUUGUUGAGAGCGCAUAUACCCGUCCAGGCGGUCCAGGCGAAGGCGAGAAUCUUCAUAUUUUCAAACCAAUUUCUCACUUAACCAAGUCGGUCCUCAAAAUUGCGGUCGAACCUCUGAAUCCAUCCGAGCUUCCCAAGUUGUUGGAGGGAUUACGAAAAGUGAACAAAACUUAUCCCUUGGUCGAAAUCAAAGUCGAAGAGUCCGGUGAACACGUCAUCAUUGGAACGGGUGAAAUUUAUCUGGAUUGCUGCUUGUUUGAUCUGAGAGAAAUCUUCUCCGAAAUCGAGAUUAAGGUUUCAGACCCAGUGGUCAAGUUUUGUGAAACUGUUGUGGAUACCUCGGUCAUUAAAUGUUAUGCUGAAACACCGAACAAAAAGAACAAACUCACGAUGAUUGCCGAGCCUCUAGAGAAAGGGAUCGCGGAGGAAAUCGAAACCGGGAAGAUAAACAUCCGAAUGCCUGCGAAAACCCUGAGUCAACACUUCAUGAAUAACUACCAAUGGGAUCUUCUAGCAUCUCGAUCCAUUUGGGCUUUUGGCCCUGAGAUCGAUGGCGGCGGCACCAACAUUUUGGUCAACGACACGCUGCCAACCGAAGUUGACAAGAAGCUUUUGUUUAGCGUUAAGGAGAGCAUCAAACAGGGUUUCCAGUGGGCAACCCGGGAAGGGCCCAUUUGCGAUGAACCAAUUCGAAAUGUGAAAUUUAAGUUGCUGGACGCUACUCUGGCUGAUGAACCGAUCUAUCGUGGUGGCGGUCAGAUUAUUCCAACUGCGCGACGGGUUUGCUACUCGUCCUUCAUGAUGGCAACCCCAAGAUUGAUGGAGCCAGUUUACUACAUCGAAGUGCAAGCCCCGGCGGAUUGUGUUCCUGCAGUUUAUCUUGUUCUUGCCCGUCGAAGAGGACAUGUCACCCAAGACAUCCCCAAGCCAGGCUCCCCUCUGUAUACUGUCAAAGCCUACAUUCCAGUUAUCGAUGCCAAUGGGUUUGAAACCGAUCUGCGAACUCACACGCAAGGCCAAAGCUUUUGUAUGCAAACAUUUGAUCACUGGUCGAUUGUUCCUGGAGACCCCACGGACAAGUCAAUCACUCUCCGGCCAUUGGAACCUGCAUCUGCUCAAGCCCUUGCUCGCGAUGUCGCACUCAAAACAAGACGGCGGAAAGGGCUCGGAGAUAACAUGUCGGUUGCCAAAUAUAUCGAGGCAGAUCUGGUUGCCGCCUUGAUUGCCGCGGGCCAAGAGAACUUGUUGGGAUGA